AUGGGGCAAGAUGCGACGGCCGUAGUUGCAAUCAAAAUAGACAAGACGGUGAUCAUCGUGUCCGCCGUCGUCGGGUCGCUGGGGUUGCUGAGCGCCAUCCUGGGGUUCGCCGCCGAGAGCAAUAAGCUCACUAGUUGCCUGUACUCGUCUACGAACUCAUCGGCGCUCGGGCUCGGGGUAUGCGCGGCCAUCUUCCUGCUGAUGGCGCAGGUCACCGUGACGGCCGUCGGCGGCUGCUGCGGCUGCUGCAAGUCUCGCGCCAUCCCGUCCGAGACCAAGCGGAUCGUCGCCAUCGUCUGCGCCGUCCUCUCAUGGAAAGCGACGCUGAUCGCGUUCGUGAUGUUCCUGGACGCCGGGGUCGUGGCGUCGCAGUGCUUCAUCGUCAGGGACGGCUUCUUCGCCGGCGCCGGCGUGCUGGCACUGAUUGCCACGGCGCUCGGGAUCACCUCCUUCAUCCUUCUCCUCGGGCAGCCCGACGACGGCGCGGCGGCGAGGAGAGGCGAGCCUACGCCGGUCGGGAUCCCGAUGGGCGCUGUUCCCGGGUACCCACCGAGGCCUCCUCAUCCCGCGGCGGCGGCUCAGGGAAGCGGCGGUCAACCGGCGCCAUAG